AUGGAGAGGUCGCCCAUGACCCUUACUCAGACGUCGAUGUUGUUUGGUCUUUCCUUUCUUUGUACACGCUCCCAAGCGUCACAUCAUCCGACUCUCGGCACUUCGUCAAACCCGCCGCCGCCCUACUCAGGUUUCCAUCUUGUCUGUGUUACCAGUCACCGCAAAGAGGUCGUCUGCCGUAGCCCAACUCUCGUCCAACCCCGUCCCCUCAACUUAUCUCGCCCUCGGUCGCUCUGGGGGCUCCAAGGAGGAGCUUCUGCCCUGGGAGGCGGACUCGUCGCUGCUACUGUAUUCGCUCCCCAUCUGAUCCCUGGGGAUGGACACGAACGUGAGCCGCUUGACGAAGUACAGGUAGACCAGCAACAUGACCGGACAGAAGGCGAAGACGAAGAGGAAGGAGAUGACGCCCAUCAUGACGUUGAACUCUAUCUCGCUGCAGCCCAUCUCGGCGGUUGGGGGUGCGUUGUCGGCUCCUUGAAUCGUGCAGAGGGAGAGAGAGAGAGAGAUAGAGAGAGAACCCCCUUUACGUGUCGAAAUGGCAGCGUGGCUUUUUCUCUUCUGCUUGGAAAGCUCCAGCGACCGCGAUUUUUGUUUAUGCGAGCCAGAUGUUCUCUUUUUUCUUCUUUUCUUGUCCUUCUCGUUUUUGCUUUCAACCGCUGA